GCCAAAUCGCUCCUCACCCCUCUCUCUGUUUGGGAAAGAGGAAAAUAAACCAAGCUAGUUAUGGAAGCAAUCUUUAAACACUCUUUUUUUUUUUAGAUCAGUGACUUACUGCGCGGUGCUCUCUUUGCAUGCGAAAUUUUUAUCUUGAGAAGAAGGCACUGGAGUCAUUUGAUGAUUGUGAACGUCUUUUUUUUUUUUUUUUUUUUUUUUUUUUAAGCAAAGUGAAGACACCGACUGUGACAUGAUUUUUUUUGUUUAGCGAGAGCGUAUCUACGAGCUAGCCGUCGUGCUAAUAGUUAGCCUAGCAAGGGAGAACUGGGUGAACUUCGCAUGGACCAACGCCUGCGACCGGGAUAAUAACCUGCCUGCUGUCUGACCGCAAGGCCUUUUAUUAUUAUUAUUAUUAUUAUUAUUAAAUUAUUACUUCUUCACAUGGAAGUUAGGUGUCGCCUAUUUGACAUUAUCACGUCGAAGUUUGAUGGCGAUACCAGUGUGCUAACUUAGUUUUCGUGGCUUACGCCAUCAAGUUAUUGAUUUGGAGAGCCACUGGCGAGCUAACAGGAUAUUAGCCACCUCUCGCUCCGCUUGGUGGUCGUGAGCCAUUGACUGAGAAGCAUUCAUCACUGAUUGAGUGAUGAGCAGGGUGGCUUGAUGGCAGCUAAUUAUUUCUGGGGAAGAAGCAAUUGGAUACCAGCAAACAGACAGAGAAUGAUUUCAGAACAACAUUAAGAAGAAGUAGAAGCCAGUUUGGUCAUUGGUUUUGGAAAAUGCAUGGGAGCGCCUGGUCGUUUUUAAAGUUGGAGUAGAAGAGAGACAAGUAAACGGCAGGAUUACAAAUCCACUGCUGAUUAAAGUCACCCAGAGAACAUCGCACAGAGCGUCAACUUGGGGAAAGACAAUGUCUACCGCUAAAGAAAAUUCCUGUAGGAAAUUCCAGGCAAACUUUUUCAACAAAAGCAAAUGUCAGAACUGUUUCAAACCUCGGGAGUUGCAUCUGUUGACGGAUCAGGAUUUAACACAGGCUAAGCCGAUUUAUGGUGGAUGGUUGUGCUUGGCCCCUGAGGGAACUGACUUUGACAAUCCUAUGCAGCGAUCGCGGAAAUGGCAACGGAGAUUUUUUGUAUUGUACGAACAUGGUUGUCUGCGCUUCGCCCUGGAUGAAUCACCAACUACACUCCCUCAGGGUACAGUGAACAUGAACCUGUGUACGGAUGUCAUCGAUGCAGAACCGAAGACUGGCCAGAAGAACUCUUUGUGCAUAAUCACUCCAGAACAGGAGUUCUUCAUCAGAGGAGAGAAUAAAGAAAUCAUUAAUGGAUGGACUGAACAGUUGGUUGUGUAUCCUCGCACCAAUAAACAGAACCAGAAGAAGAAACGCAAGGUGGAGCCUACAACAUCCCAGGAGCCAGGGCCAGCCAAAGUAGCAGUGACUGGCUUGGGUAUCCCUGAGGCAGAGAAAGUUCCAGACUCCACUUCCAUCAUCUGGCAGGAAGAGCUGAACCAAAGAGAGGCUGAAAGUGCUACAGUAUGGGCCCCUGCUGAGCUGCCCUUGGGAUCUUCACCACCACACAUAACAGGUGAAUGUACAGCUGUCAGAAAGGGGUCUGACGCAGGCUCGGUGAAUGGCGAUGAAGUGGAUCAGGAUAGCCUGGCCCUGCAUGGUUCUGCGCCGCAACCGCCCAGUGACCUUCUUUCGCCAACAGGCUCCUGCUCCAGCCUCGGCGGUGUACCCCGCUGCCUCUCCCCAGCUCCGAGUGACCCCUUCCCUUCUGGCAGCUCGCUGCUCUCUAAUGGCUCUCACAUCAGUGGUUCAGUAAGCUCUCUGGACUCCGAUGCCAGCAGCAGCACAGUUACCAGCACUGAGAGCCACGCAGCCACCCAGAGGGGGAACCACUCAUACAGCCACCACGACACGCCUCGAUCCCGAAGGCUGGAGGCAGAAGCAAGAAAGGCAGAGAAGAGGAGCCGGUUUAGGAGCCCUGACAGGCGCGAGAGGGAGACUGUUCUCAGCCCUGAGAGGAGUCGCUCCGGUGUUAUUGAGAAGUUGGAGGCCCUGGAGCUUGAGAAUCUGGAGAAAAUGGAGGUGGAAGAGUCGGGCAGGAGUGGAGCCAGACAAGGCCGCAGUGAGCAGAGACGUUUCCACAGAGAGAGGCCUGACAUGGGUCAAGGUCUGGAUUUCCCCUCCUCUCUGCCACCUCUUAGGAGAGCCAAAUCCCUUGACCGACGGACAACCGAUUCAGUCAUGACACCAGAUUUACUCAACUUCAAGAAAGGAUGGAUGGUGAAGCUGGAUGAGCAAGGACAGUGGAAGAAAUACUGGUUUGUACUGACAGAUCACAGUCUGCGGUACUACAAGGAUUCCAUAGCAGAGGAGGCCUCUGACCUGGAUGGUGAGAUUGAUCUGUCAGCUUGCUACAAUGUCACUGAAUACGCGGCUCAACGAAAUUAUGGCUUCCAAAUACAAACUCAAGAGGGAGUUUACAUACUUUCAGCCAUGACAGCGGGUAUACGGAGAAAUUGGAUCCAGGCUAUUUUGAAGAAUGUCAGACCAUCUACUGCUCCUGAUGUAGCAAGCUCAACAGACGACCAUAGUUCAUUUUCUCCUCUGGAAGUGCUGAUCAGACCAGACGUGACCAAGGACUCUCCCUCCUCUGAAACCUCAUCUAUGGAAAGAGAAUUCACUCCAGGCAUCAUAAAGAGCCGAGCACGUGAGCGUAGGCGAGAAGGCCGAUCGAAGACAUUUGAUUGGGCUGAGUUCAGACCCAUCGCCCAAGCCCUGGCUCAGCAACGGGCACAAGAGUCCGAAAGCCUUCAGGCAGACCUAGGAGACCUUGAGCGUAGUCGGAGGAGAGAGGAGAGGCGAAGGAGGUAUGAGUCUGUGACGAGCUCGACAACGGAGCACUCUUCGCUCAAAGAAAGCGGGAGAAUGGACGUUCAGAGUGCAGAAAGAGUGCCUGAUUCAUCAGGUCCGCAAUUUCAAGAGAGGCACCAGAAAGUAGAAGAGGUGAUUGAACAACAUUGGCGACAGGUAGAGAAGACGCCAAUACGGGAAGAGCGAAGGGUGCCUCUCCCUUCGACAGCUCCCACCAGAGAGACUGUGGAGCUCGAACAGCUGCUGGACAAUUACAAGCAAGGGAUAGAAGACCUUAAAGCACAAUUAGAAGGGUGUCACCAGCAGCUGCUUGACUCCAACAAACACAAGCAGGAGCUAGAAUUACAGCUGAGAACAGCUCUGGAGCGGGAGCAUGACAUACGGGCAGGUUACAUAUCUCCGCUGGAACACCAUUUGGGUCUGGAGGCUGAUGUGACGCCCCAGAUGAAGAGGCCAGAACUGGUUAGUCCUCAAGCACAAAGUUUAACAAAGAAGUACCAGGAGACCAAAGAACUCCUAAAGCUGCAAGAGUUGAAAAAGCGCAAUAUGCAGGCACAGCUUGGCCUUUCACUUUCUCACCACCCUCUUGAAGAGCUUUAUUUUUCUGAACCCCCAAAAAUACCCAUUCUGGAAAGCACGAAGCCUGAACCUGUCCAACAAACCGUUAGCAUUUUAUUCCUGGAUAGUACAGAAGCAGUUCAAGAACUUGAUGACUUAACAGCUGGCAAAUAUCUGACUGUGAAGGAGCUGUCAAAGCUAUUAAAAUGUCACGCGUGUAAUCAAGAAUCAUCAGAGAAACUACCAUUUCAGAAGAUCUUGGAGACCUGGAAAUCCCAACAGGAAUUUGAAAAUGACAUGAUAAGAAAGAGCUUGGCCCGAGCAGGAGAGACUGUCCGUGAAUAUGAGUCCCGUAUUUUAAACAUUGAGGAUUUGGUGGAGAAGGUUCAGAAGCAAAGUCUUGAAAGUCCUUAUGGUCUCUCCAAAAUUGAUAACCAUUCAGAGACAAAAGAGCAGACCAUUGGAAUGUUUGCUCAGAGGAUAGAGCUUUUAACAAAUGAAAAUUGUGCAUUGAAACAAAAAUGCCAAGAGAUAGUGAACCAACUGACUGAGGCAGACAGAGAAAUAGACAGACUGAAAGUUGAGCUUAUCAGCCAUCAGUGUGGCAAACAGCAUCAUAUUGUUAUGGAAGAGGUGAAAAGACUAAAGGCUGACCUGGCCGAAAGCCAGGCUAAUGCCAUAGACAGGGAGUAUUUUGAGAGAGAGCUGAAUGAGAAAUCGCUGAGGCUCCAUGACGCUCUAGUUACAUUGGAAGAGCUUGGCAAUGCCCUUAAGGACACUGAGAAGAAACUGCAGUUGAAAGAGGCCACGCUGAAAGGCCUGGGAUUCCAGGCAGAUGAGGAUGAGACACUACACCUGGAGCAGGAGCAGCUUCAAGACCUACUUGAGGCCUCACAAGCUAAGUUAUUUGACACUGAGGCAGCCCUCCAUACGACACAACAACACUGUAUUGAACUUGAAUCCAGGAACUGUGAAUUAAUCGCACUGCAGCAGAAAUCAGAGGAAGUCAUAAGACAGAAGCUUAGAGAAGCAAAAAAUGAAAUAUUAAUGCUCCGAGAGAAGUUGGAAAUAAAGAUAAGUGGAGGUGAAAAGUCUUUGGGUGUUAAUGACUGUGUUCUGGAAGGUGCGGAGGACGUUAAGGAAGGUCUUCUAAAGCAAGUAGUAGUUGAGCUUGAGAAGAGGUCGGAGGCAGCUAAUGAGGUUUUAGACAUGUUAUCAAAGAUAGAUGAUGGAGACAAAAUGCUCAAUAGUUUAAAAAGAACUUUAUGUGUUAACAAACUCCUUACUUCUCAAAAAGAAGGGCUUUUUUGUGCAAGUCAAAAAGACAUGAGGUUGGUUUUGGAGGCAGAAUUCUUGAGCCAGAUUCUGAGUACCACUGAAAUAAAACCAGAAGCAAAUCAUCUUGACUGUGGAAUCAGUUUGGCACAAGAGAUUGCUCACAAGAGCUUGAAGGUCUUGAUAAAUCAGAUUUAUGCAGAUGCAGAAGCUGAGCGAGACAGAAUGACGGAGUCAGAUUUCUCAUUGAUGUAUAACUGGCUAGAUAAUGAAACAAAUGCCCUUAUUAUAAAAAGGUUAACAGAAACAUUAAAGGCAAAGGCAAUUUGUUUGACAAAAAUUGCACUGAGAGUUCAGUUGGCCAAAGAUGACAAUCUUUUGUCUCUAGCUCUAGAAAACUUUAAAUGUGGUCUAGAACUAAGGCAGCCUUCUGAGUAUCUUCUUGAUGCACUUAAAGAUGCUUGUAUGUCAUAUGUGAUUGUUAGGCUGCAGGUGCAGCAUGAAAAAGAGCUAAUGAAAAAGCAGACCAAAGUUGAAGUUGAUGGGUUUGAGUGUCCAAACUGCCCGGAAUUGAGGGAGGUUGCUGUAGAUCUGCAGGACCAACUGGCAGAUUUUCAUAGUCCGUUGUAUGACUCGUCUAAAAAAAUAACGUCAGAGCCUGAGACUUCCAUUCACAUAGAAGAGGAUCCCAUUAACUCUGCUGAUAAAACCUGUGACAUGACACCUCAUGACAUGAUAGCGAGGCAUAAGAAGGAACUUUGGGAGCUCAAAGACUGCUAUAACCAAGAAGCUGACAAACUGAGGAAGGAAAUUGGUGAAGCCAGUGAAAUUCUGUGCUUCCGCUCAGAAGAGAAUGCCAAAGAGAUUGAUUCAUUGACAAACUGCAUGGAAGACCUCAAGAAGAAACAUGAGUUGGAACGAAUGAAUCUCAUUGAGAGGUUUGACCAAGAAAUGGAGGACUUGAGGAGUAUGAUUGCUCCUUCAAACCCAAACAAGGCGUCUACAGCUGAGGAAGGUCGGUCAAAUGGCACCCCUGGCCGGACAGCCUAUCUCAAAGAGCGCAUCCAGGAGCUGCUGACACAAGUUUCAGUUAUGACUGAAGAGCUGAGACGUCGCGAAGAGCAGGGCGAGAUAACCACACUACGGCUGAAAUACGAGAAAGACCUGGAAAAUUUAAAGGCAACUUGUGAGAGGGGCUUUGCUGCGAUGGAAGAAUCUCAUCAGAAGGUGAUCGAUGAGCUCCAGAGGAAACACCAGAGGGAGCUGGAGAACCUGCAGGAGGAAAAAGAAAGACUGCUGGCAGAGGAAACUGCAGCCACCAUUUCUGCAAUUGAAGCAAUGAAAAAUGCUCACCGGAACGAGUUGGAGAAAGAGCUGGACAAGGCUCGUAAGGCCAACAGCAACGCAGAGAAUGCAGACAUGGAGGAGAUCCGGAGACAGCACGAGGAGGAACUGUGUUCCUUCCAGCGAGAAAUUGAGGUGUUGUCAGAGCAGUAUUCCCAGAAGUGCCUAGAAAACGCCCACCUGGCCCAAGCGCUGGAGGCCGAGAGACAGGCCCUCAGGCAGUGUCAGAGAGAGAACCAGGAGCUCAAUGCUCACAACCAGGAACUGAACAAUCGUCUGGCAGCAGAGAUCACCAAGAUGCGUUCAAUGACUUCUGAGGAUGGAGUAGGAGACACAAAUGCAAUACAGGGAAAAGAGCUCUACGAGUUGGAAGUAAUGCUGAGGGUGAAGGAGUCUGAGGUCCAAUACUUAAAGCAGGAAAUCAACUCCUUGAAAGAUGAACUCCAAUCUGCACAGAGAGACAAAAAAUAUGCAACAGAUAAGUACAAAGACAUCUACACAGAGCUGAGCAUCGUCAAGGCGAAAGCCGAGCGGGAUCUGGGCCGGCUCAGAGACCAGCUGCAGCUGGCUCAUGAGGCACUUGGUGAACCAUCGCUGGAAGAAGUGGACCGAGGAGGAUAUGACAUCAUGAAGUCCAAAAGCAACCCAGAUAUCCUUAAGAUGGCAGCUGCUGCGGCCAAACGUUCAGAACGCACCAUGAGGUCAAAGAGUCUAAAGGAAGGACUGACACCUGAGCAAAGACUCCACCUGUUUGAAAAUAAGGACACAAAGGAGUUCUGAAUGUGACGUGUCACUUCCACUUACCUUGCUGCAUGCUUUAAAGUCCACUAUUUAGCUCUGAUUUAUUUCCUAACACUACACACACUGGUCACAAAGCAAACAUGUAUUAUUAAAGGACACAUGGUAUGAAGUUUGGAUUUGACGUUUAGAAAUUGCAUUUCAUGCACUUCAGUUAACUGUGACAAUUUUUGUAUCAUUUUGUUGUUUUUUGCUGUCAUUGUCUUACUGUAAAUAUUGUUUUUAAUUGAGCAUCUGCUACGCGUACACUAAAACUAUGACUGUGUAAGCUACUGUUUUAACUCCUAGACUGUUGCGAGCCAGAAUGUGACGUUCAAACGGCGGCAUAGUUCGGCAAAUAAUGCAUGCAUCAAACGUAGGAAUGGGUCUGGCGUUCAGGUCUGCACGUGAAACGCUCUUGUCAGAAUUCCAGCACAGAUGGAAGUGGGGCGAGGGGAAAAAGUGUAGAUUUGAAUUUUCAAACAACAAUCUACCAUGUUGCUCUGUCACCUGAGUUCAAAGUAACAUCAUAGAUGUUCUCUUCCAUCCUUGGAUUGACCCCUUGGAAAAACUGCAGCUGAAUGCACAUGGAUGAGGUUCUCGGACUAUAAUUUAUGUUAAAUUUUAUAGUUUAUUAUUAUUAUUUUUUUUUUUUUUGCUCACUGCAUUUAUUGUUCCAGCUGUUUAGAAGUUGGUUGUAGUUUUGUUCAGUGACAGUCUAUUUAUUUAAAUGGUUGGGAUUUUUCUUUCACAUUCCCCUUCCUCUGUACGCUGAUAUUGUAAAUAUAGACCAAAUACACGUAUCCAUCAACUGAUUACAGGUUUAUUAGCAAUAAAUAUUUUUGCACCCUU